AUGGCGCAUUCGAGUGAAAAAAAAUUGAAUCGUGUGCACUUCGAGGCUUCGAAGACCACCUGGAUAAGGUUAGACGACGGCGAGGACAUUCCGGCCAAAAUUAUGGUAGGAAAGUCGAAGACAUCAGAUGAUGAGCCUGUCACCGAUAGCCACGGAAACCUAUACGACAUCUUUUGCGGCACCGGUUCAAACUACUUGGCAAAGAAGACCCGGUUACCGGCGCCGCCUACUACUAUUCUUCUUUACGACAUCCACAACCCCUCCUCGAGAAACGAUCGCUGCCGCCCGUGCCAGAAGAAUGUGUCGCCCCUCAUGGGUGCGGAUUCCGCGGUGGACUCGAACGGGGUCUCCUCAGGGCCUUUCGGGAUCGCUGUUCAUUUCCAUGAAGCUGAGGAGGCGGUGGUGAAAUACCGGAUCGUCGAUUCGUCAAGCAUGAGUGGAAUCACCAACAGGCUGGUUCAUCUCCUUGGAAUGGCCAUUAACCACAACAAUGGUGCAUUCGAGAAACAUGACCCGACUGCCAAUCACGCCAGUACUAUUCUUCAGGACUACAUUGGCAACCCCUCAUCGAAAAGCGAUCGCUACCUGUGCCGGAAGGAUGUGCCGGCCCUGAUGAGCGCGGAUUCCAGCGGUGGAUUCGAACGUGGUCUCCGCAAGGCCUUCCGGGAUUGGUGUUCAUUAUCAUGAAGUCGAGGAGGUGGUGCUGAAACACCGGAUCGUCUAGCAUAAUCGAGAGGAAUUACAAUCAGGCCAGUUCACCUCCUCGGAAUUGCCAUUCAACCACAGCAAUGGCGCAUUCAGGGUAAAACGCAUUGAAGCAUCUGGUGAGCUGCAAUCGAUCCCUUGGCCGU